AUGUCACUCGUCACAGCAGCCCAGAAAAUGUGCGCAACUCGAAAAUAUAUUGCCGCUGCUAAGAUUUUCACCGUCGUGAGCGCGUUGCUGGUGGUGCGAGAGUACGCACGAGCUGCUCAAAGCGAUCGACGGGUUCGAGUCGACUCUCAAACGUUCACAAACCAAGUCACGGAUAGUAGACGCUUCGAUCUGUCAACGUGGGCGAGAGAGCUGCUGCGCGACGUCGGUCCGAAAGCAAACUCUGAUGGUAUACGUGUGGGCUUGAGAUACAUGCAGGCUGAAGAUAAACCGUUUUGGAUGACCGUGCCUUAUAAAAUUCCACUUGCGGCCCACGAUAUAAAUGAGCACGUAUGGGACGCGGGUUCAUUUUAUGUAGACACUGAAGCCGAAUGCGCGCGCAAAAUCAUGUCGACAUUCUGCAACCCCGCCGUCCUCGUCUUGGACGUAGGUGCCAAUUCUGGUUAUUUCUCUCUGCUCGCCGCCGCCUCCGGCUGCAGAGCGUUCGCGUUUGAGCCUGUUAAAGACCACGUGUACUUCAUCGAACUAUCGGCCGCUUUAAAUGGAUUCCGUGAUAGGCUACAAGUGUUCAACAAGAUUGUUUCAAACACUAAAAAUGUUAUAUUCAAUGGCUGGAACGCUGCCUCGAGUGACAUGUCGUUUGUUGCAAACGCUGAAGAGCAUAACAAAGAAAAGGCCGGACUGGCGCAGUCGAGCAUGAAGCAGGCCUCUGCAGAUGAUGCCGUCGCCAUAGACGAAGUCGUGAAAGAAGACGUGCUAUACAUGAAGGUCGACGUUGAAGGCUUCGAACCGAGUGUGUUCGCAUCUGCACAGAAUUUGAUCAAGGAUUACACAGUGCGCUAUAUUCUCUUUGAGAUGACAUAUUACUUGUACAAGUGGACAGAUGCCGAUUACUUGAUGAUACUAGAGUCUCUUGACGGAUACGGAUACCGCUUGUACCACAUCGAAGCCAACCAUCCAAUAAAAAAUCCUCAGCAGACGCUUCCGAGAGGAGGAUCCCGUUUGAAAGCGUGGUUUGAUAAACUUAAGGCCACAUGUGAUACCCAUGCUACGCAUUUUUGUCAAGCAAAUAUAUUUGCCGUUCACGCACAAGCAACCUGGCCAGUCUGAGUCCAGAAGCCGGUCAAGAGCGCUUCCUUCAUGGCGCUCACGCGCGCUACCACAGACUCGUCGGCGACAGCGACCCAAAGCUGAUAGAGAUAGCGAGUGCUACAAACAUCGCGUAUCCCGAUUAACUACUUUGAAACCAACUCAUUUGAAGUGUUUUUGUCGUGCGUUCCUUAUGCGGCAGGACUUAGAGGUGCGAAUACUUGUGGAUCCAAAUGGGUAGAUAAGGUAAAACCAGAUGGUUCCCUUAAGUCUAGAUUGGUAGUACAAGGAUUCACCCAAGUUUGGUUGAAGGACUACCACGACACAUUUAGUGCUUUUGCUUCCAUGACCACGUUUAGAAUAUUCAUCAACGUUACGGCAUCUUAAGAUGGGACAUCUUCACGAAAGAUGUUUCCCAAGCU